CAGAGUGGUGAGCAAAGCAUAGCAAACCCACCCGAAAGCUCACCCCUCCGUCGGAAAGCCAAAGCAGAGCAGCAUGGAGGCCGCCGCGGUGAAGCCCAUCCUCCGCGUCGCCGCCGUCUGCGGCUCCCUCCGCAAGGCCUCCUACAACCGCGGCCUCCUCCGCGCCGCGGCGGAGGUGUGCGAGGAGUCCAUCCCAGGCCUGCGCCUGGAGCACGUCGGCAUCUCCGACCUGCCGCUCCUCAACACCGACCUCGAGACGGCCGACGGAGGCUUCCCGCCAGCCGUCGAGGCCUUCCGCGACCAAAUCCGCAGCGCCGACUGCUUCCUCUUCGGCUCGCCCGAGCACAACUACUCCAUCGCAACCCCACUGAAGAAUGCACUUGAUUGGGCUUCUAGAGGAAAGAAUUGCUGGGCAGACAAACCUGCUGCCAUUGUCAGCGCUGGAGGUGGCUUUGGAGGAGGCAGAUCGCAGUACCAUCUCCGUCAGGUUGGGGUGUUCUUAGAUCUUCAUUUCAUCAACAAGCCAGAGCUAUUCGUCCAAGCAUUUCAGCAGCCACCGAAGUUUGACAGCGAUGGAAAUCUUAUUGACGCUGAUAUCAGAGAGCGAAUCAAGCAAGUGCUCUUAUCUCUGCAGGCUUUCACACUCAGGGUCCAGAAGAAAGAUUGAAGAAACACAUGAUUGCGUUAAUCUGCAUUAAUUCUUUGGUGUUUUGCACUGUGGGUAUUGUAUAAUAUGCCUUGUUUGAUGUCAUUUUUGCUUCACAGUCAGAUAAUGUAUUGUCAGGAGACUGAACC